AUGGUCAACAUACGAAAGCCGGUAGCAAAGCCAACGAGCAGCAUUGACCCUGCCACCGUGAGAGAAACAGAGCUUAAACAACUGGAGCGACGUUAUCGAUCUUCAUUUCGCAUUGUGAGCAAUACCGAAGGGUGCACCAUUGUGCGAUUGGCCAUUCAACCGAGCGAUCCAGACUUUCCUUAUGAGCUCGAGUCGCUAUUGCUUCAGCUUAAGGUGCCUGAUGAUUAUCCCACAAAGCAUUGUACCUUGACAGUAUUGAGCAGUAUCCCCAAAGGAUUUGCAUUCAACAUUGAACGAGGAUACGAGAACUAUGUACGUCAAUUGAAAACGACGCUCGUGCGACAGAUGAACUGGUUGGAUCGCAACCUCGAAUCGUUACUUCAACAAGAAGCAGCUGCCACCGUACGUUUUGUAUCUUCAAAGCCAUCAUCAUCAUCAGCAUCAGCAUCCGAACCAUUGGCAGCACCAGCAUUGCCUGAUGACUUUAUUGCAUCCGUUUCUUCACCAAAACCAUCUUCAUCCAAACCACCACAAGAUGCAAAACCAUCAUCGUCAUCAUCGUCAUCAUCAUCAUCCAAUGCUAUCACUCCUCCUCCUACUACUACUACUACGACCACUUCAAUCAAAGAUACCCCUUCAGCAUCAUCAGCAAAUAAGCUUGACGCACGAGCCACUCCAUUCUUUACAUCAACCCAGCUAAAGACGGCAGCAGCUAAAAAGGAUCAAGAAUUACGACAAUUGGAGACAAGAUUUGGCACCACUUACAGGGUUAUCAGAUCCGAUAAUGUGGAAACGGUGAUUUCGCUGAUGAUGAAUUUGACGGAUCCCACCUUUGCUUUCAAGGACACGCUAGGAAAUGAGCUCAAGAUCAAGUACCAUGUACCAGCACAAUACCCAUUAUUGCCCAGUACAAUUGAAGUGGAGAACAAGGCUCUCAGUAUGGAUGAAGCGAGGGACAUCUCGUAUGCAUUUGCUGAACAUGUGGAGGGUGCCAAGCAUACGCUUUUCCAGAAUCUCAAUUGGUUGAACCGACAUCUAGAGCGUAUUCUCAAGAAUCCACGAGAGCGUCCUUGGCAAUAUGUUGCUGACACCGAAGCCAAUAAGCCCACUGAGACUGAAACACAUGAAGGAGAGGUUUUUUCCAAGAACAAGGUUGAAAGCAAUGUGGUGGUGGUCGAUGACCCUGAAGCCUUGUUACCCCCAGGCGUCACGUGGGAUGAUAUUGAAAAGUUUACAUCAGCAACAAGUCAUAAUGGUGAUGGCGAUGGUGUUACAAAGCCUAUGGUGAAUGAAGGGACACAGCAACCUGAUGGAGAGGCAUCAUCAUCAGCAUCAGCAGCAGAAGCACAACCCAACAUGGAGCAACAACAACCUGCUGUUCGAAAAGGCAUCGAAGUUAGAUUAUCUGAACCUCGCUUUGAGAAUUGCACCUUGAUCCGAAUCACAUCCGUUGAUGUCCUAGUUGACUGUAUUCGAUGCCAUCGCUAUACAACAUUUGCCGACAUGACUCUACCGGAUAUCCUUUCUGCAUCAGGGAGCAAUGAUGAAGCAACAAACAAGAAAUACGAACGAUGGGUCCAAUGUUCUACUUGUUCUUUUCCCUUGGGUGUCCGAUUUACUCCAGAAUUGAUGCAUGAAAAUUCCAACGUGGCGGGGUUACUACAAUUAGGUGGCUGCAAGGUAUAUGAUGUGGCACCCAAGUUGUAUAUGGGCAAUUGUGCCAAAUGCAUGCAAGAUUUCCCAGGUCCUGUUCGCGCGUUACCCCAUCUAUUCAAUUGUCGAACGUGUCAUGCAAGGACAUCCAUUUUCGCGGGUAUUGUCGAGUGGGUCAGUGUCGGGCCUAGAGAAGGUGGAGGGAUUCGACCCAGCAAUGCUGCCUAUCAAACGAUGGCGUUGAAAAAGAAGAAAAAGUUGGACAAGGAACGAUUGGUUGUUGGAGAACCUUUGCCUGAACGAGGCGCAUGUUCGCAUUAUCGCAAGUCACGACGAUGGUUCCGUUUUGGAUGUUGCAACAAACUUUAUCCAUGUGAUGUGUGCCACGAUCUAAAGGAAGAGCAUACGAGUGAAUUAGCACAGCGCCACGUGUGUGGCCAAUGUUCCAAAGAACAACCCAUCAAGCCAACAUGUAUCAAGUGUGGAUAUGAAUUUGAAAAGAGUCAUCAAAAAGGAUCGUUCUGGGAAGGUGGAGAAGGUGUUCGCAAUCGGACACUGAUGAGCCGAAAGGAUCCGCACAAACAUAAAGGACUUUCCAAGACGAUAUCCAAAAAGCAAGAAAGAGUGGGUAGUGAAGGCAAGAAGCGACGUCAGCAGGAACCAGAAUAA